GUUAUGAACAGAACAGGCUUUGAACGUUAUUUUAAUUAAUAAACAUUAUGCUGUAGUUACCCGGUAGCAGUUACCCUAAUUUUUAAAAACAUGCAGGGAGAAGAGGAUGCGGACCGGAGUCGCGAUGAAGGACCUCAGGGAUGCCAUGACUGUACUUUCUUGACGCCCAGCGAGGCAGCAGACCGCCCUCUCAAGCAGGGCAGACGAUACCUCCCCCAUGGUCACGGGCAAGAGGGCCGCUAUCGGCCCCAUAUGAGACACCUCCAGCCCGACCUCACGGAGUGCGGCCUUGACUGGAAAUCCCGCCUACGAUGGCUCCCUCAGCCACGCUACAGUGACGCCCCCUUUCCGGAAAUAAAGGCCAUUAAAUUCCCCGCCGAGACCAGACUGCUGAGGUCCUUUCCACAGGAUAAUAUGAUAUCUGAAUCUGAAUGGACAUUCUAUCCCACCUUUGGGCUACCUAUGACUUACCAUGUUGGCAAAAAGUGUCUGAUGGAUGGCAUCCACCAUUACAGAAGCUCACGGACCAGUUCAGAAAGAACGAUUGAGUUGAGACUUGGGAGGAAAAGACAGGUGAAGUCUCCUUGCUGUGUGGUCAGGGGGUCCAGGCCCUAUAUAUUCCCAGAGUACAGCACUGAUUUUCACAAAUGUGGAUCUACACUGCCAACUGUUGGCUUUGGAUCCUCAGCUACAGUGAAAGGAGACACGUUCAUUCCUCUUCAGCAUCCAGCUGGUCAGUGCAUGACCUACCAGCAGAAGAAGGCCAUCAGAGACAGAGAGGCUGACGCUCUGGACGUGAGAAAGCUGAACUCCUGGAGGCCUGCCCAGCCCAUCACCCCUCCGCCCUGUGACCACAAACACGGAAAGCACAAGAAAGCGGAGAGCCUGUGGAGACCGGUCCCGGGCGACAAGCUUGCUUCGUCUAUGCCUGCGCUACCUGCACCGAAGAUGAAAUAAUUCACAGCAAUCGGACACAUCUUCCCAGCCACCGUUGUACAGAAAAGGCCAUUGCAAAAAAAACCAAAAAACAAUGAAGGUAAUCAAGCACCCAGAUAAUCACGAAUUAGCACUUCAGGAAAGGCAGAAGAUGAAUUUGGCAAUAAGCAGUUCCCUUAAGCCCAGUGUAAUGAACAAUCAGUCAAUGUUGUUGUUUGAUGUCGACCUUAGCAGGAUAAAGUUUUCCACUACCCUUCUCUACUGAAAAAUGGCACCAUUUUGACCAUGAGAAAUACAGACAGAAAGUAGUCCAACCCUGAAAUUAAUUUUUGUCCCCUGUAAAAGA